AUGACAGAGGAGAGUCAUUUGGGAUUUGAGGACUUAAGACAUGGUAGCUUGUCGGUGACAGGGUAUGAAGCCCGUUUCUAUCACUUGGCUAGGCAUGCUAUGACCACUGUUCUAGAUAAGGCAGAGAAGGGAUAUAAUGUAAGAGCUCAAACGAGGUCUACCUGGUCCACCUUUUCUGCUUCUUGUUUGCAUCCACAUUAUUCUAAUCUAUCAUAUGCCUAUAACAAAUCCGUUCAUAUUUCUUCAUAUCACAAGAUAAACCAUCCAUCUUCGGGAACAAAUGGUGUUUGCAAACGUACACCUUUUUCAUCUUCGUACAGCGGAAGAGGAGUUUGUAUCUUAAAACACCAAAAAUCUUUGAGGUGUAGGUUUCAGAUAUAUGCAUCACUUGAUGUUGCAAGUGCUGUUGAUGUUAUCAAUGACCUUGGGUUAGACACUUUGACAUUCUUAGCUGUGACUGUACUCAUUGUUCCUGCCUUCAAGACCAUAAAAGCUAGCCCUAUACUUGGUUUUUUCUUUGCUGGAGUUGUGCUUAAUCAAUUUGGGCUGAUCAGAAACAUCACGGAUGUUAAGGUUCUUUCGGAGUGGGGGAUUCUUUUCUUGCUUUUUGAAAUGGGAUUAGAGCUUUCACUUGCACGCUUGAAAGCGCUUGCAAAGUUUGCUUUUGGCAUGGGACUGGCUCAGGUUGUAUUAUCUACUUUGGCAUUUACAUCUUUCGAGCUUCCACCUAAUGAUGCUGUCGGGACAAAGAUUUUGGAGUUUCUUUUUCACUCAAGGCCUGAUCUGGUGAAUAUUAGAAGUGUUGAUGAGGCUGUAGUGAUUGGUGCUGCGCUCUCACUGUCUUCUUCAGCUUUUGUUCUGCAGAUUCUUGCAGAGAAGGGUGAGCUUCCAACUAGAUUUGGCUCGGCUACAUUGGGAAUACUUCUUCUUCAGGACAUUGCUGUUGUGCCUCUUUUAGUCAUUCUACCGGUGCUGGAGACCCAGAAUCUGAUAGAAGAAAGUAUUUGGCCAAUGCUUGCAAAAGAAAGUCUGAAGGCUUUAGGUGGACUGGGGUUGCUUUCUUUUGGAGGGAAAUACAUAUGGAGGCGAGUUUUUGAGGUUGUUGCAGAAACGAGAAGUUCGGAAGCUUUUGUUGCACUUUGUCUUUUGACUGUUGCAGGAACAUCACUAUUAACGCAGAAGUUGGGCUUUAGUGACACGCUUGGAGCAUUUUUAGCUGGGGCACUGCUUGCAGAAACAAAUUUCCGUACUCAGAUUGAAGCUGAUAUAAGGCCAUUCAGAGGAUUACUACUUGGCUUAUUUUUUGUGACUACCGGAACUUCUAUUGAUAUGCAGCUUCUUUUCCGGGAGUGGCCAAAUGUGCUUUCUCUCUUGGCUGGUCUGAUUGUUAUCAAGACAUUGAUCAUAACGGCAAUAGGUCCCCGAGUCGGACUAUCCCUUCAGGAGAGUGUGAGAAUUGGAUUUCUUCUUUCUCAAGGAGGAGAAUUUGGAUUUGUUGUCUUUUCUUUAGCAAAUAGGCUAGGAGUGCUUCCCCUCGAGCUGAAUAAACUGCUUAUCAUUGUUGUUGUACUUUCUAUGGCACUGACUCCAUUACUCAAUGAAAUUGGACGAAGAGCUUCUGAGUUUGUUGGCGAGAAGUUUGACAAUGAGGAUAGAACUGCUGAAAUGGAAAACUUUGAUCUGAGUGAACCAGUAGUCAUCCUUGGAUUUGGCCAAAUGGGUCAGGUCCUUGCCAAUUUAUUAUCAACGCCACUAGCUUCGAGUGAUGGGGAGGAGUUGCAAUACGUUGCUUUUGAUCUAGAUCCUUCUGUUGUAAAGGCUUCUACAAAACUCGGUUUUCCUGUUAUCUAUGGUGAUGGUUCACGUCCUGCAGUGCUGCAGUCUGCUGGAAUAUCUUCUCCGAAAGCAGUCAUGGUCAUGUACAGAGGAAAAGAAAGGACCACAGAAGCUGUCCAGAGAAUUCGACUAGCCUUCCCAGCGGUACCAAUAUAUGCACGAGCUCAGGAUGUGAUGCAUCUAUUAGAUCUGAAGAAAGUAGGAGCAACAGAUGCCAUUCUUGAAAGUGCAGAGACAAGUUUACAGCUUGGCUCUAAACUUCUAAAAGGGUUUGGUAUCAUGUCUGAUGAUGUAACUUUUCUAAGUCAACUUAUUCGAGAUUCUAUGGAGCUGCAAGCGCAAGAGGUUGUUGAUAAAUCUGAUGAUCAAGUGUCUAAAGUUAUGAAACCAUUGCAGGUAAGAGCUGCAGACUUUGUCCAGAAUGGGGUACCCACGCUGUCUACUGACACAACACAGGAUCUAAAGGAUAGAAGUUACAGUUUGGCUGCAGCUGAUCAGUCAUCUGAUGAUGGCACCACGCUGUUAACUGACACAACACAGGAUCUAAGGGAUAGAAGUUACAGUUUGGCUGCGGCUGAUCAGUCAUCCGAUGAUGGCGUCAUGCUGUCAACUGACACAACACAGGAUCUAAAGGAUAGAAGUUACAGUUUGUCUGGAGCUGAUCAGUCAUCUGAUGAUGGUGCCACCCUGUUAACUGACACAACACAGGAUCUAAGGGAUAGAAGCUACAGUUUGGCUGCAGCUGAUCAGUCUUCCGAUGAUGGUGCCACGCUGUCAACUGACAUAAUACAGGAUCUAAGGGAUAGAAGUUACAGUUUGGCUGCAGAUGAUCAGUCUUCCGAUGAUUGUGCCAUGCUGUCAACUGAUACAGCACAGGAUCCAAGGGAUAUAAUUUACAGUUUGGCUGCAGCUGAUCAGUCAUCUGAUGAUGGUGAGAGCCAUCCAUCUCAUGCUCUAGAAAAUGGAGAACAACUGUUUGAGGAGGAUGAUAUGGAGAGUGCAUUUCCAGCUAACUCGAAAAGUGGUUGUGUGGAAAGUAAUACAGAUGAGAUCUCUCAACAAACUUAGGGUGCUCAGCUGGUUCUGCUUUUCCGACCUAAGGUCCUGGCUUAAGACUACCAUCCUUCAAGAACAAAGUAAAAAGACAAUAACAAGGUGAACCUUGCAUUUGGAGGCAUCCAAUUUAGGUCUAUCCCUCCAGUGAGUACGUUUUCUAGAUUCCAAUUUUUGAUAGUUGCAUUAUUGAUAUUUGACCAAGGACGAGACAGGAGCAUGCUAGGAAAUUGGCUUACAAAUUGAAGUUUUCUUAGUGAUCAUAUAUUGUACAUAGUCAAGUUAAUGGGAUUGGGUGUUAGCUAGAUGUUAUUCACCAAUCCGAAAAGAAGGUGAAUUCAGUUUGA